AUGUCACGAAGCAAUCGUGUAGGGAGUCGAGGUGGAGCUUCCUCUGGUUUACGAGCGGUUGCAAACGCACUGGGCAUUGCCCGACAUGAAAUGAGUGCAUAUACAAAAGUGUCGGUUUCGCAAAUUGUUUUGCCACUCGAGAAAACAGAUGAACUGCAAUACAUGGCUGAAUUACGACAAGAAUUGCUCACUCGGUUUCACGAAUCGUCUUUUCAUUUCGAUGUAGAGGAGCGGGAUUCUGAAUUUAGACGGUAUACGGACAAGUAUAGAGAAACCGAAAAGGAAGAACUUCGACCGGAUUGGUCACGACUUCCAGAAGAAUUAUGCUGGAAGAAAAAAACUGACGAACAAGUUAAAAAGAAACGGAGGAUAACUGAUAAAGGAGCCGAUGAAGUUGUUGAAAAACUGUCGAAACUUGAGGAGAAUGAAAAAUUAGGUUGUCUUGAAAUUGAAACCCAGGAAACUAUUGAUGAAAAUGAUGAAGAAAGCGAAAAAGAGGAACAAAACAACGAAAAUGAACAGGAAGCAUUAUCGGACGAUGAUUAUCAAGAAGAAGAUAAUGAUUAUAUUCAUUCCUAUUUCGAUAAUGGUGAAAAUUACGGUGAUAUUGGCUCAGAUGAUAAUUUAGAUGAAGACAAUGCUUUCUAA